GGGGCCGCGACCCGGCCCGCGGAGCCGGCGCCAGCGGGCUGCUGAGGUGGCUGUCGCCGGCUCGGAGCUGCGGCUUCCCCGGGCCGAGCCCCCGAUGGAGGCCGAGGCCGCGGAUGGCCCCCCGGGCGGGGUCGAGGCGGUGCUCAGCUGCUUCUCUUUCAACCAGGACUGCACAUCCCUAGCAAUUGGAACCAAAGCCGGUUACAAGCUGUUUUCUUUGAGUUCUGUGGAGCAACUGGACCAAGUCCAUGGAAGCAACGAAAUCCCAGAUGUCUACAUCGUGGAGCGCCUCUUCUCCAGCAGCCUGGUCGUGGUGGUCAGUCACACAAAGCCGCGGCAGAUGAAUGUCUAUCACUUCAAGAAAGGCACGGAGAUCUGUAAUUACAACUAUUCCAGCAACAUCUUGUCCAUAAGGCUGAACCGGCAGAGGCUGCUGGUGUGCCUGGAGGAGGCCAUUUACAUCCACAACAUCAAAGACAUGAAGCUCUUGAAGACCAUCCUGGAUAUUCCUGCCAACCCAGCAGGUCUCUGUGCCCUCUCUAUCAACCAUUCCAAUUCUUACGUGGCCUAUCCUGGAAGCCUGACCACAGGCGAGAUUGUGCUUUAUGACGGACACUCCCUGAAAACGGUCUGCACGAUUGCUGCCCACGAGGGGACGCUGGCCGCCAUCACCUUCAAUGCCUCGGGCUCCAAACUAGCGAGCGCAUCUGAAAAAGGCACCGUCAUCCGGGUGUUCUCUGUACCCGACGGGCGAAAGCUCUACGAGUUUCGGAGAGGAAUGAAAAGGUACGUGACAAUCAGCUCCCUAGUUUUUAGUAUGGACUCGCAGUUCCUCUGCGCCUCAAGCAACACCGAGACCGUGCACAUCUUCAAGCUGGAGCACCUCACCAACAGCCGACCCGAGGAGCCCUCCACCUGGACUGGCUACAUGGGAAAGAUGUUCAUGGCUGCUUCCAACUACCUCCCCGCCCAGGUGUCCGACAUGAUGAACCAGGACAGGGCCUUUGCCACCGGGCGCUUGCACUUCUCUGGGCAGAGGAACAUCUGCACCCUCUCCACGAUCCAGAAACUGCCAAGACUCCUGGUCGCGUCUUCCGAUGGACACCUUUACAUCUACAAUUUGGACCCUCAGGACGGAGGAGAAUGUGUCUUAAUCAAGACCCACAGCUUGCUUAGCUCAGGAACAACAGAAGAAAACAAAGAAAAUGACCUCAGACCUCCAUUACCUCAGUCUUAUGCAGCGACCGUGGCCAGACCAAGCACGUCUUCUGCCUCUACCGUGCCAGGUUAUUCUGAGGACGGCGGGGCCCUCCGAGGAGAGGUCAUUCCUGAACAUGAGUUUGCGACGGGACCAGUAUGCCUUGACGACGAGAAUGAAUUUCCCCCUAUAAUCUUGUGCCGUGGAAGUCAGAAGGGCAAAACGAAGCAGUCAUGAUGAGAAGCGCACCUCAGAAAGCAGGACACCCCCUGUCAGGUGGUUGUGGAGAAAACAAGGAAGGUGGAAGAAUGGAGUACAAUUGUGUGCGCAGAAAGGGGGGCAGGAAUCCCAGGUGCCGCCUGCUUAAGCCACGGGACGCGGUCCACUGCUCACCAAACUCUCCUCCGCCCCGGUUGCCAGCAGGCAUGGGAGAGACUAUAUGAAAUAUGUUACAGCCAUCGCGUCGAUGCUCACUAACCACGUUGGUCUAUAGCCGGAACUUUAUAUGAACAAGGGCAUCCUUUUUAAAUGUAUGCCAUGUAAAAAUGUACGUAUAGGAAAACCUCUUUGAAUUGUAUUUCUUGUAUAUGACAUAUAGAGAGACUGCUUUUAGCCAGGCAAAGUAUUUUUGCAGUGAUUGGAAUGAAACAUUUAUUACCUUGGAGUCCCAUUUAGGACACUUAUAAUAAAAUCAUGGCAAUGUGUUCUUGA